AUGCUCUGGCUUCUUUCGUGCUUGCUUGCCGCGGUCGGGGCUGCGUUUAAUUACUACUUGAACGCGACCUCGUGCCGUGCCGCGACCGACCACAAUACCGCGCUCGCCCUCUAUCCUCCUGCCGCCGUCACCACCGACCUCUCAACCGCCGCCCGCCGCUUCAUUGCUAUCAUCAGCCAUGACGCCUCUUUCGCGGCCGAGCUUCGUACCAUCGACCUUAAUCCUUCUGCCAACCUAUGGACCGACUACCCUUUCGAUAUCUACUUCGGCCACCGCCCCGCGCGCAACCGCAACACCUCCCCCGCGACCCAGCACGAGAAGGAUCUCCACGCGCGGACGGCCCAUUUAUACCAAGCCCUUCUCGACCUUCCGCAUGAUGUCCAUGCUAUCUUCUCCGCGCAUCGCACCGAGCUCGAGACAUUGGAUCGCGCCUUGAAUAUCUACGUCUUCAAACGCGCAUGGAUCUAUACCAAUCCGCUCGUAACGAUGUGGUUCCGCAACUCGACCAAUUGCCGCCGCUUCUUCCCGUUGCGCUUCUUGCCGCCCUUUCUCCCGCUUUAUCCUCUCACGACCGCGUCGUACACUUCCGCCUCAUCCCUCUUCACGACAUACUCGCGCAUCUUGUUCGCAAACGCGUACCGCCUUUCGUACUUGAACGUCACACUCGCGACUAUCGCCGCCGACUUGGCGAUCCUAGAGCCGGAGAUGCACGCGCUGGUCGUACAAACGGUUCCGCCGCCGGAUCAGCGUGUCGAGACGGAGUGGAUCGAUUGGUGGGCGAUACGAGAUGAGAAGGGCGGAGAGGAGAUACCGUGGCUACAUCUCAGUCCGAGGCUGAGAGAAAAGGUAUUGAAGUGGAAGGUCUUUGCGGAGGGGGCCUAUACCGUACCAGUCAAAGCGUGGGGGAAUGGGGUCGGGGAAUGGGUCAAAGGGUUGAAGGCGAGGGAGGGAAAAAGGGUGGAGGGAGAGGAUGAGGAAAGGGAAGAGGUGAAGGGGGGGAUAUGGAAAGAAGAUAGAAGAGGAGGGCAGAAUGGAAAAGGAACCGCAGGAGGGUGGGAGAUCUGGGACCAUCAUAAUCGAGACCGGUGGCUGAGGAUCCGGGAAUUGGCGUGGCUCGUCAGAAAGGUCAGGCGGGAUGUGGAAGAGGCGAGGGAGAUAGUAGAACGGGCGAAAGAAGGUCUCGAGAUGGUUAUCAAGAAUAGAAACUGA